UGCAAGCAUGCUUGGAAAGACGUUUCACAGCACAUUUUAUCGCAUAUAAGGUUCUUACAAAACGCGGUUAUGUUAAACAAUUGCUAGUUAUACUUUCCGUCUCUUUACCGAUUAUGUUAAAUGCGACUCGGGUUGGAAUUUGAUGCGACUUGUAACAACGAAAGGAAGCAAUGAAUACUACCAAAUACAGCAUUAUUGGUAAACAUCUGUUCGGGAUGUGCAGUUUUGCUAGGAGACGUUCACUGUGGACAAUGCAAAGCAGCUUCACAAAUUUAGUUAAAUAUACAUCAUAUAAAAUGAAACACCUUAAAUUAAACACACCGUUACCAUAUUCAUGUCAGAGUUCGGAGAUCGAUGCAUACGGAGGUUAUGGAUCACAGCACCUGUAUUUGCCAAACAGGACCUUUUCACUGAGGUUUCCUAAAUCCAACAGCAAAAAUGCCUAUCCUGGACGUGAAAGUAUGGACAAUCUAGAGAAUGAAGAGGAUUUUAUAGAUGAUAUAGAAGUGGAGGAGCUCUUCCAGCAGAAGAUCCCCACAGAUAUUGGUGAAUGGGAUCACAGGGUCUUUAUUGUUCAUCCUGAUGUCAAAUGGGGACCGAAAAAGCAACAUCUGACCACGGCUAAUCUCCAAAUGGCAGAGGCUGUUGGCCUGGUGAACACCUUAGAGAACUGGACAGUUGUUGACAAGAUCAUUCUUUCUACCAAAAUACCAGAGAAGAAGAGAAUUUUUGGCAAAGGAAAUUUCCAGAUCCUUACAGAGAAAAUCAGAAGAACACCUGGUGUUACAGCUGUUUUUAUGAACGUUGAGCGUCUUUCACCAUUAUCUGAGAGGGAGCUGCAAGAUGCAUGGGGCAUGAAAGUUUUUGACAGAUACUCAUUGGUUUUACACAUUUUCCGCCGCAAUGCCAAAACAAAAGAGGCCAAACUGCAGAUUUCCUUGGCCGAGAUUCCAUUGCUGAGGUCACGACUAAAGAAUGAAGUAGUAAAUUUAGACCAGCAAGGUGGAGGUUCAAGAUAUAUUAUGGGUUCAGGUGAAACCCUGUACGAGGUGCAGCAGAGGCUUCUAAAAGAGCGAGAGCUGAAAAUUCGCACUGCUCUUGAGCGGCUGAGAAAGAAGAGACACCUGCUUCGCUCUCAGCGCAAGCACAAAGACUUUCCCAUCGUCUCUGUCUUGGGUUACACUAACUGUGGCAAGACCACACUAAUCAAAGCUCUGACAGGGGACUCUGGUCUCCAGCCUAAAGAUCAACUCUUUGCUACUCUGGAUAUCACUGUACAUGCAGGGCAGCUGCCCAGUCACAUGACUGUACUCUAUGUGGAUACAAUUGGCUUCCUCUCCCAACUGCCUCACCAGCUCAUAGACUCCUUUUCAGCAACACUAGAGGAUGUGGCACACUCUGACCUCAUUGUUCAUGUGAGGGACAUUAAUCACCCAGAGACCAUAAACCAAAAGGUCAAUGUGUUGAACAUUCUAAAGAACCUUCAGAUACCAGAAAGACUCAUGAACUCCAUAAUAGAGGUGCACAAUAAGAUUGACCUUGUUAAAGGCUAUGAGCCAAGCGAGCCAGGGGCUGUGCCUAUAUCAGCCCUGCAGGAGAUGGGCUUGGACAAGUUAAAACACAGAGUUGAAGAAGCUGUUAUCAAUUCAACUGGGAAGCUAAGCAUGAUUCUCAAGGUGCAGCUCAACAGCCCUCAGUUAGGUUGGCUGUAUAAGGAAGCCUCUGUCCAGGAGGUACAUGAUGCUGAAGAUGAUUGUACUGCCAGUGUCAAGGUGAUCAUCAGUGCUGCUGCAUAUGGUCGCUACAGGAAGCUUUUUCAGGUCACUUAGCAACAGACGGUCUGCCUCUGAGCCAAAAUGACUGUGUCUAUUUUUGAAGACGAUUACGCCCAUGGUAAAUAGCAAGGUACAUAUUUAUUUAUAAACUAACCUAUUAAAGCUUUCAGUGUAAAAAUAUUGUGAAAACAAGUAUACAAAAAGAGUGUAUGAACAAAUUGAAGCAAUAAAGUGACCAGAUUCCAGUGAUUAUAUGAGAAUAAAGUGACUUUGAAAAUCUCA